AUGUCGGUCUCGCAAUACCCCUCGCUCCUUAGGAGUGAGCAGAUGAGCUUGGUCCAGGUCAGUCCAUCCCUUUGCCAGUGUCUGCGUACAGCGUGCAGCGUGCAGCGUGCAGCGUGCAGCGUGCAGCGAGCAGCGUGCAGUGUCAUCCCCGCCAACCUUCCGCCGGCCCCCUUCCUCACACGCCGUCAUCGUGCGCCGCCCCGUUCUCGACCCAACAACUGACCGAUCCUUCUCCACCUCCACUCAGCUCUACGUACCCAUCGAUGUCGCCCAUCGAACGGUCGAGGAACUGGCCCAGCUCGAACGCGUGCAGUUCAAGGACCUCAACCCGGACGUGAACCCGUUCCAACGCACCUACGUCGCCCAGAUACGUCGCUGCGACGAAGCCGAACGCCGUCUGCGCUUCCUCACUCAACAGAUCGCCGCGCAACAGAUCCCGAUCCGUCCUUACGACCAGACCGUCGCCUUGCUCGCCGCUCGAUCCGGACCCCAGGCGCUCGACGAACUCGAUGGCCGUCUCGCCGAGUCCGAACAACGCGUCGCCGCCAUGAACGGGUCCUACGACAGUCUCGAGAAGCGCGCCCUCGAACUCGAAGAGGCUCGGCAGGUCCUGAGGGAGACCGAUGUCUUCUUCAACGACGCCCGCGGUCGUACGGCCGAGAUCCGCUCCAGCUUUGACGAACCCGACGCUCCCCUGUUGGGCGAUCUCGAGUCCGCCGCCGCCAACGAGUCGGGCUUCGGUGGCUUCGAACUCGAGUCAGUCAUCGCGACCUGUGGUCAGCGUCAUAGAGCAGCACGACUGACCGCGUCCGUUUGGCCUCCGCCCGCCUCAGAUUCGUCGCCGGCACGAUCGACCGAGCACGCAUGGCCACCUUUGAGCGAGUCCUCUGGCGCGUACUCCGCGGUAACCUGUACAUGAACGUGCGUGAGAGGCAGAAUGCUCGACUCGCGAUCGAAGUUGGCUGCUCAUCGACAUACUCGAUCACCCACAGUACGCCGAGAUCGACGAGUCGGCCUUGCCCGUCCCCGCUUCGGACCCCGGAAGCUCCGCCGGCGGCGAGGAGAAGAAGCUGCGCAAGAACGUCUUCAUCAUCUUUGCCCACGGACAAGACUUGCUCGACAAGAUCCGCAAGAUCGCUGAAUGUAUGUGCUGGUCCCAGUUUCUGCCCUGCCUCAGCGAUGGCCUAGAAAGCUGAUCCCUUUCAAUCUCACAGCGAUGGGAGCGACGUUGUACCCCGUCGACUCGAAUGCCGAUAAGCGAGAGGACAAGCUGCGUGAGGUCACGUCGCGCAUCGAAGACCUCAACUCGGUCCUGCACAACACGAACCAGACCCGUCGCGCCGAACUGAUCAAGAUCGCCGAGUCCAUCUCGGCAUGGUGGGCCGUCGUGCGCAAGGAAAAGGUCACCUUUUCGACCCUCAACCUGUGGCUGUGGGACCAAGGUCGCAAGACUCUCGUUGCCGAAGGCUGGGUCCCAACGAGGGACAUCCCCAACGUUCAAGCCGCCUUGCGUCGCGCCUCUGAGAGUGCGGGCACCUCGGUCUCGGCGAUCCUGCACGAACUGCGAACGCACAAGGACCCGCCGACGUUCCACCGCACCAACAAGUUCACCGAAGGCUUCCAGAGCAUCAUCGAUGCGUACGGUAUCGCCACCUACCAAGAGGUCAACCCCGGUCUCUUCACCGUCAUCACGUUCCCGUUCUUGUUUGCCGUCAUGUUUGGUGAUAUCGGUCACGGCUUUAUCAUGAUGUGCACGGCCUUGUCCCUGAUCUUGAUGGAGAAAAAGUUCAAGAAGGGUACCGGUAACGAGGUGAGCCCCGUGGAAGUGCACCAGACCAAUCGCUAUUUCAAACUGAUCGCUACCAAGCCCAUCACCGACCUCACAGAUUUUUGACACGUUCUACUACGGUCGCUACAUAAUUUUCCUCAUGGGUCUCUUCGCCAUCUUCACCGGUUUCAUGUACAACGACAUCUUCUCACUCUCGCUCCACCUCGCGCCGUCGCAGUUCCGCUGGCCGACCGACUUUGAACCGGGCACCGUCGUCGAAGGUAUCCAGACCUCGCACCGCUACCCGUUCGGUAUCGAUCCCGCAUGGCACGGCACCGACAACGCCCUCAUCUUCACCAACUCGCUCAAGAUGAAGAUGUCGGUCGUGAUCGGUGUGAUCCAUAUGUCGUUCGCCAUCUGCCUCCAAGUGCUCAACCACCUCCACUUCAAGAAACCCGAGUUGAUCUGGGCCGAGUUCCUGCCCCAGAUCCUAUUCAUGCAGUCCAUCUUUGGUUAUCUCGUCGUGUGCAUCCUGUACAAGUGGUCGGUCAACUGGGAAGAAGUGGGACGCAACCCGCCCAACUUGCUCAACAUGCUCAUCAAACUCUUCCUCUCGCCCGGGAGCGUCGACCCCAACGAUCAACUCUACUCGGGCCAAGCGUUCGUGCAAGUGUUUUUGCUCCUCUUGGCGCUCGUGUGCGUGCCUUGGAUGUUGUGCACCAAACCUUACCUCUUGUACCGCGAGCACAAGAAGAUCGCCGAACAAGGGUACCAAGGCAUCAAUGGUGUCCAUGGCGGCAAUGCCGAGAACCACACGCUCGGCACCGACGGCGACGACGAGGUCGAUGAACAAGGGCAUGCCAUCGUCGCUGAGGAGAUGGACGAAGAACACGAAUUCGACAUGGGCGAACACGUGAUCCACCAAGUGAUCCACACGAUCGAAUUCUGCCUCGGUUGCAUCUCCAACACGGCCUCGUACCUCCGUCUAUGGGCCCUCUCCCUCGCCCACGCCCAACUUUCCGAAGUCCUCUGGUCCAUGACCUUGGAAGGCGGGUUCGAAAUGGAAGGAUGGGUAGGGACUCUUGCCCUCGUCUUCCUUUUCGCCAUGUGGAUGUCCCUUACGAUUGCGAUUCUGAUCGUGAUGGAGGGUUUAUCGGCUUUCCUCCACGCGUUGAGGUUGCAUUGGGUCGAAUUCAACGGCAAAUUCUUUGGUGGUGCGGGGACCCAGUUCGUGCCUUUGACGUUCCAGGGUUGCGACGAGAUUCCUGAUGGAGUCAUCGCUGCUUAG